AUGGCGUCUCCCGCGAACAUUAAUAUCAAGAACCUCGUUGGACGAUGGACUAUGAACAAGUCCGAGUCCGAUGCCUUCGAUCCAGUUCUCUCCCUCCAGGGCAUCGGCUGGCUCACACGAAAGGCCAUUGGGGCAGCAACCCUGACUCAAUACUUGUACCAAAGCACCGUCGAUGGUUCAGACGGUGUGCCUACCACGCACAUUAAAGUGGACCAGUUCCUCACUGGUGGCCUCAAGGGAUCGCCAGAAAACCGAACCCUGGACUGGGCCUACCGCGAGCACAGCGACUUGAUCUUCGGCGUCAUCAAAGGCCGUUCCCGCUACUCUACCCUCCAGAAAUUCCAGGAAGAGUCCAAGGAAACAGGUGCGACGGAUGAAGAUAUCAAGUACCUGAUUGAGGGGUGGUUGAAUGAAAGCCAAGAAGGGGAUGUCAUAGAAAGCUUUACGUCCAGUGCGGCCAACAAGUGGAUUUUAUGGAACGUUUGGGGCUUCGCUGAAUCUGGCGGAAAGAGGAAGCUGGUAAAGAAGUUUGCUGUUAGGAACACUGACACGGGUGCGGAUGUGAGGGUGAGAUUGGUUUACGACUACCUUGGUCCCUUGGAGGAAUAG